AAUAGAAUACAUUUCAUUCAACAUGUCUGGUCGUCCUCCUUAUGGAACCCUUCCCCUCGCUCAACAGGAAAAUAAUGGGUUUAGACCACUCUUAAGGCCUCGCGGUAAAACUGCUACAAUUGCUUCAGUUGUCAUCGCUGUAAUUGGAGGAACGAUGUUGCUGUUUGCUGUGAAGGAGAAGGAAGACAGAGAAGGAAUUCAUUUCAUUUUGUUUAUAGCAGCCUUGCUAACCCUAAGUCUAGUUCUCGGAGAACUAUUGCGAAGAUUCUGCCUGGUGUUUGAAGAGAUUCGACACAAAUACACGAGAUAUGAAGGAAAGUGGAGGCUCAUUUUUAAGGCAACUCUUACUUUCGAACAUGGAAAGUGUAUUUUGGUCGCAGCCACUGCUUCCGCUCUGACAUUGAUUUUCUUCUUGUUUGAACAUUACGAGGUUUUCUGUUGUUCACCCUAUGUCAUCUUGUUUUCACUCAACUGUUUCGUCAUUCCGCAGUUGCUGUUUCUGUUGGGUCUCCGACAACCUUCUACUGCUGAGAGAUCGGAAAUCAACGAACGAGAAAACAAGAACGUUGCUGAAGGACUGGCCUGGAGCUACUACUUCGGGUAUCUAAAGCUGGUGCUGCCAAGGCUCGAGCGUCAAAUAGCAAAAUCGGAGCAAUUCCGCUUCAAGAUAAAACACAAAAGGCUUUUCAUUUUGUUACCCAAAUCGUGCUACACAUAUCCUGAAAUCGCAGAAGCAGAUUACAGGGUGAAAUCUGUUGGUAAUCUCCCGGGGAGCAAAAUAAACAGGGGAGGAAUCAAGGAUAGGAUUUACAAGCACACAGUACAUCGGGUAGAGAUGCUCCGCCCAGAUGGAACGACAGAGGAAUACUACUUUGUACUGGAAUACGCCACCGCUCUGAUGUCCUUAUAUCAGAUGUCUCAGAAUGCGGCUGCUCCGCUGAGUUAUCAGGAUCGAACAAAUCAGGUAAGUACAUUACCAAUCAAAGUCUAACCAUCCACAUUUGAAGCGAUAUAACGGGACCAUUUGUAAGAGGAAAUUGAGCCCCGUCUAAAAUAGGACCCCAACGCGAAAUGGGAUUUUGCGCACAAACGUGGUUGAAAUAGGACGCAAAGUGCUCUUAUUUAAUGGUCCGUAUCUUACUUGCGUCUUAAGUUAACCGCAAUCUUUUGUAAAUCUCUAGGAAGAAAAAACUUUUUGCAAUCCUCAAAUUACCAAGAAGUUGGCGAAUUCUUUCUUUCGCUAGCACGAGUUUGUUCAGUUACUCUGUAAGAUUGUGAAGAUUAAAAGCAGAGCGCAGUUUCUCUAAGGAAUUUACCCGUCCAUUUAUCUGUUUUUCUUUAAGGAAUAGAGAGUUAUUUAGAGUGAUGAUGACGUUUUCAAUAUUUACCCUUCGUGGUGCGAAAAAGUCCUGACGAUAAAAUAAAGUGAAAUUUUCAAGCUAGUUGGUUCCUAAUAAAUCGAAAUUAGUUUACUUCAAGGACUGACAUGCAUGAGAUAUCUGAUACUUCAUCACUGAUUUUUAGUCUCGCUCAUCCUCGGGCUCUACUGCCCUGACUUGAAAUCGACUCACAGCCCUUGGGUCUCCGAGGAUGAGUCUGGCUAAGAUACUGUUUUACCUACAAACUUAAGGUGGAGAUGUUCAUCUCGAAACUGACGGAUAUUCUGAAAAGCUGCGAAGAAUGUAGAGGGAAAUAUGAAUUGGUGCCAAUUUCAGGAGAUGAAUCAGACAAGAUUGCAGACGUCCUGGUUGGAAUUCAUAAUAGAAAGUUGAACGAGGAAGUUGAAUUACUCUGAGAGACACUCUGAAACGUAAUACUGGCUAGUUUUUUCAUUGUAUAAAGAAAAUGCAGAGAGGCUUGUGUUCAGGCUGCCUGCAAGGAAUGAAGUGUGUUUGACGAAAUGUACGGAUUUGUCCGGGACUGAAAGCGGAGCUCCUUAAGUUUUUUUUAAAGCGGAGCUCUAUAAGUAAUUAAAGCGCAGCGCUUUAAGUUUCUGUAAAGCGGAGCUCUAUGUAGUUUAAGUUGAGCUCUGGAAGAAUUUAGUUACCCCCGGCAAAACCCGAAUAAAAGCUUAUCUAGUCCGUCUUUUCCCUGAUCAUUAACUCCUAAAUCUACAAAGCCUAAUUUUUUGCUCUUAAGACUUUGAUGCCGAUUGUUUUAAAAAUUCACAUAUUUUUAGCUAAAUCAUUUUCAUUUUAAUAUGAAGCUCUAGAGAAAGAUGAGGAGCGAAUUUGGUUUUUAUAGGGUCAAUUCAAGCAACACAACGUCUUAUCCGUCGUAAGUCCAUAAUUCUGACACCAACGCAUUAUGCCAAAUACAAACUUUCUCGGUGCUAUCAUAAUUUUUAAGGUUUGUAACCCUCGGUGGAAAUGGAAGGGAUGUUUGCCCAUCAUAGACCUGUGCGUUUGUUGCUUGAACAUUACUUGACCGCUGAAAUAUGCUACUUUGAAACGAUUUUUUACGGCAGUUGUAACUGAGAACAUUGAAUUUAGCGUUUUCAUAAUAUCAAUCUUAUUCCAACGACUUGCGAGACGGUGUGAAAACGUUAUAUGACAAGCACUUCUAAAAGAUAC